CGAGCGCGCGCUCGUCCGUGGCUCUCGGACUCCCUGCGUCCUGCCCCUGGUCCUGCGUCGCCAGCUCUGCCCGCGGUGUGUGCGCCGGCCUGGACUCGAAAUGCCUGUCUGGGGCGGUGGAAACAAGUGCGGGGCCUGCGGCCGGACCGUGUACCACGCAGAAGAGGUGCAGUGCGACGGGAGGAGCUUCCACCGCUGCUGCUUCCUGUGCAUGGUGUGCAGGAAAAAUUUAGACAGCACAACCGUGGCCAUCCAUGAUGAAGAGAUCUACUGCAAAUCCUGCUAUGGAAAGAAGUAUGGGCCGAAAGGCUACGGGUAUGGCCAGGGUGCUGGCACACUCAACAUGGACCGUGGCGAGAGGCUGGGCAUCAAGCCAGAGAGUGCUCAACCCCACAGGCCUACGACAAAUCCAAACACUUCUAAGUUUGCACAGAAGUUCGGGGGUGCUGAGAAAUGUUCCAGAUGUGGAGAUUCCGUGUAUGCUGCCGAAAAGGUCAUUGGUGCUGGAAAGCCCUGGCACAAAAAUUGUUUCCGAUGUGCCAAGUGUGGGAAGAGCCUUGAAUCAACAACUCUGACUGAGAAAGAAGGUGAAAUCUAUUGUAAAGGAUGCUAUGCAAAGAACUUUGGACCCAAAGGAUUUGGCUAUGGCCAAGGAGCAGGAGCCCUUGUUCAUGCUCAGUAAAGGCAGUAAACCCUGAACUAAGCAUCACAUUGAGCGAGAUCCUCUUCAUAACCGAAACACAGAUAAUCUUGUAACACUAAACUACUGUGAAAUUCUACCAGCGUUAAGUACCGCAGUACUGUAUAUUACCCUGUACUUGGAUAGGCUGGAUAACCCGUAGGAAGAAAGCACUGUAUCCUUUUGCUUUUAUUCACUAGCAUUGUCAAGAAACGUUUUUCAUUUUAAAUAAAACUUUAGCUUGAUUUGGC